CGGAAGAACCAAAUCGGGGUAAAAAUGGAAAAAACGUCGAACGGCUACGGCUACUGGGGACCUUAUAACCAUCCCGGCUAUGGUUAUUGGGGACCCAACAACCCUUAUGGAGGUUGGGGGAACAAUGCCAACAACAAUCCUAGUCCUCUCAUGAACACAGGCCCUGGUGCCGGAGCAUGGAACGCGGGCGGUUUUUCAGGAUCCACCAACUACGGCACUGCCCCUGGAAGUGUCAACUUGGGCUUGGCUGGUGUUGGUGGUAAUGGUGGAUCUAUAACCAACAAAGGCCCUGGUGCUGGAGCCCAUAACGCUGGUGCCUUCUCUGGAAGUAUCAACAAUCCCAGUGGACCCAUCAAUUUCUAGUGGAAACAUUCAAGGGUAUGCUUCUGCGCCUGAUUAUAGCAGCAGCAGGAACUACGUAAUUCCUGAUGUUAUAUAUCAAUAAAUUAUGCUGCUAUAUAUGUUAUUACCUUUGAAAUUUAUGUAGUAAUGCAAUGAAAUACUACUGGUAUU